AUGUCCGAGCAAGACGUUGAUCCAAGCAAAUACAACAAACUGCGAAGUAUCUGCAAAUACUAUAUCGAUUCAUAUCUUGCAUUGUAUCAGCUAAAAACCCAAAAUGAAGAAGAAAUAAAGUCAAUUUACAAAAUGAUCAAAACAGAAUUAAUUGAUUCAAAGAAAUAUCUUCCAACAAAUGCUAUUAAAGACAUUUUAGAUAUCAUUCCAUAUAAUAAUCGCUAUACAAAGUCAUAUUUAUAUCUUGCCAAACUCAUAUCUGAUGAUUACCAUAUCACAGAGGUCAGCAGUGUUGCAGCUAUAUCAAACUUCCUGUUUUAUAAAGAAUAUGGAAUUCAAUUAGACAAAUCUGCUGAUUUCAACGAAAUUAAAUCUGAAAACACAGAUUUUCUUACAGAAGACACAAUUUACAAAGCUAUUAUGAAUAAUGACCUAGAAACAUUCAUCUCAUUCACUGAACGAAAAGGAUUUAAUAAAGACCAAUGUCUUAAAAGCCUAUUAUAUCCAGACUCUUACAAUGAAUAUUCAUUACUUGAAUUAUGUUGUUACUAUGGAGCAGUUGAUUGUUUCAAGUUAUUAAGAACGAAAUUUGACUCAUCUAUAACUCAAAAAUGUUUACGACUAUCAUUUUUAGGUGGAAAUCAAGAGAUCAUGAGUGAAUGUUUGAAAUAUAAGAAACCAGAUGAAUAUUGCAUGGAAUAUGCAAUUAUUUCACACAACAUUGAUUUUGUUACAUUCUUGAUGAAUGAAUACAAUUUAGAGAUCAAAUGA